GGAGGGGAUGCAAGAUACGACCACGCUUUCCCGUUCCGUUCAAAGAUGGAAAGAAAUGGAACGUGGCCUUCGAUUUGAUCCCCUUUAUUUCCUCGAGGGGAGCCUCACAGCGGAGUAUGUUCACACUGCCUUGUUCCAGAUUUCACUAACCCUUGGCUCCAGAGCACUUUGAGAGAAUCUGCAGCAGAGACACAGCUGCUCCAUUGGUAGCUCUUCAGGCCACAAAAUGGCGGCACAGCAAAACCCAAACAAGAUGGCUGCUCUUUCAAAAGAGGUAGAGGACAUGAGAUGUCCAUUGCAGGUCCCAGUGAAAAUAGAAACUCCCUGCCAAGUAAAUAACAGUGCAAAAGAGAGAGAAGGAAAUGGCCCUGCCACCAUUCCAUCUGCAACCAGUGAAGAUUUCACAAGAGCAGUGUCCAGGGUGAAGCAAGAGCUGGCUGAAGAGCCACCACAGAGCUGGGAGUGUCAGUGGCAAAGGGUGCUAGAGGUGGUGCCUGCUCCCUUCAUCACUCCAGUCUGGGACAGCCUGCAGUUGCCUCCUUUGACUCAGGGGGGCAGCACCGAGGCCUACCUGGCCACCUUCGAGCGUAUGGCGGAUGCUUCCCAAUGGCCACGGGAAGAGUGGGUGACUCACCUUGUGCCAGUCCUUAGUGGACAAGCUCAGCAGGCCUAUUUCAGCCUAGAUGCAAAAGACAAAGCUGAUUAUGGGAAGGUGAAAGUGGCCAUUCUGAGGCUGGAUGACUACCUCGCCAUCGAGGCGCACCGCCAGCGUUUCAGGCAUUUCUGCUACCAAGCUGCUGAUGGGCCUCGGAUGGCAUGUCAGCAACUGCAGGAGCUCUGUCAUUGCUGGCUGAGGCCUGAAGGCCAGAGCAAGGAGCAAAUCCUGGAUCUGCUCAUCUUGGAGCAGUUCCUUGUCAUACUUCCACAGGAAAUGCAGGACUGGAUUAGGGAGCGCGGUCCGGAGACGUGCGAUCGAGCGGUGGCCUUGGCAGAGGAGUACCUGCAGGAGCAGCAGGAGACAGAGAAAUGGGCCCAACAGGUAACUGUACCAAUUGAGAUGGUGAUAGUUAAUUCUCCGAUUGUAGAUCAGGCCCAGACAGAAGCAAAAUAUCUCCACAAAGAAAUCAAACAGGUUGACAAUGAAAAUAGCAUUUCUCAAGAAGGCAGUUUUGCCAGAAUGGGAGUAAAGGAUCUGCACCAGGGAGAGAUGGAGGCAGAGGAACGAGGAUGGAGGUCUCCUGAAUUCGGGGAGGUCCUUUUCCCAAAAAUCAGUGAUCUUCCCAGAAGGUCACAUGUGAGCAAGUGUGAUUCAGAAAGGCCACAGAAAGGCAGCCUUUCCACAAGAAUGAUUAAGGAUGAAGUGUUUGGGGGAGUUCCAACCGACCUUGAAAUGAAACGACAUCUGUGUAAGGAAUGUGGGAAAAGGUUUCGGAAGAAGUGGGAUCUCAUCAGGCAUGAAAGGAUCCACACGGGUGAGAAACCGUAUCAAUGUCCAGAAUGUGGGAAUAGCUUCAACCGGAAUACAACCCUCACAAAACAUCUCAUUCAUUCAGGAGAGAAGCCUCACCAGUGCACGUACUGCGGAAGAAGGUUCACACGGCGUUCACAUGUUGUGAAUCACCAGAGACGCCACUCGUGCCAAGGAAGAUCUUGACAAAAGGAUCUAUCGCUUCCAGUCUGAGCAACAGAUUGAGAAGUCCUGUAUGACAGGGGAAUAAAGGUAGCUCGGUUUGUGUCCUGCAGGGCUUGGAAAUUAGACCAAGGGUAGGAGUGAUGUGGAUUAUUGACUAUUUGCUGUUUGUCCACAUCUUGAAUAUGAUCAAAAUGUGCUAAGGACACACAGCUCUCAGGGGCAUCCAUUCUGUUGAGAGGACAAAGGAAAAUCUGUACAUAUUUAUGCCAAUCAGUAACAAUAGAGAAACUAAGACUCCAUCCAAGUCAAAAGAGUAAUUUAUCCACAUUUUACUUGAUCCAGAGCCGCAGUGAGAGAUUGAGUUCCUGUUUAUUUAUUCUGUAUUAUUUGGACUGCUUGCUGGCUACAAAUGAGUAUAUCAUCAUGCUACUAAUUUAGCCCUUAAUAUAGAUGAAUGGAUGCUCCUGGGGAAAUUGCUAAUUUUGAUCAGUAUUUUUGUAUCAGCUAAAGCUAAAUCCUUUACCUGCUUUGCUGUACCCAUGUCCCAAAACAAAUGAUGCUCAUUAAGUAAGAUUUAAAGGCAAAACAUCUUCCAGUAAUAUCUGCCAAUAAAGACUGGCAAAAUUAUCCUUGCCAACUAUUUUGGAAGGCAGUCCAUAGAUUUAACCUAUGAAGGGAUGGAGCUCUCUGAAAAAGUGAUACUAACCAAUAAUUCAGGAUAAAAGAAAUUCCAAGUUUUAAGUAAGAAACAAGACUGAUAGAUUGACCAAGAGGCACUGACCUGGUAUGCUCUUAAAUGGAAAUUUAUAUCCAGAAUAUGUCCCCAUCAUUGAGACUUUCGCAUGUCAAGCCGCCAAGAUGUAGGUAUACGUUUGGCAGUGUAAUUUGGGGAGGAAAGGCCAGAUAGGAAAACAGGAAACAAAAUGGUUUCAUGGUAUGCUGUGCUUGCUGUUACGGAUUUUUAUACUGCUCUGUGGCAAGUCCUUAGGGCUGAUCACAAAGUUAGAAAAUUGUGGCCCUCAAAUGGCUGCCGAAUACAGCUCCCAGCAUUCCUCACAACUGGCAAUACUGGAAUAAUGUGAAGUGAAACUGACUUGGUUAUUUAAUGAUUCAUUUUUUAUUCUGUACAGUAGAAAAUCAGUGCAACAUUUGUUGACAUAAGCUAUUUCCCCCUUUUUACUAAUUCUGAAAACUGCUUAGAGAUUUUUGAUUACAGAAUUCAUAAAUUAAUUUUCACAGACAUCUGUUUUAAUGUAUUGUCAAAUCAUUUUGGCUUUUCAAGCUUCUUAAAAUCCUGUUCUAACAGCAGUACAUAUAUUUCACAUAAGAGGAAAAAAUGAUUUUGCUUCAAAGCUGGGUCCAUUUUAAAAACAGUACACCAGAUAAAAUCUGGAGUAACUUCAAAUCCUACGGCUUGAUCGUGUGGCCCUUAUGUGAGGAAUAUUUAUUUUCUACGAAUGAUCUUUUAUAUACUCUUCAGUUUCUAUGGCUGCCUUUUUAGCAUUAUAGGAUAACUAUAUUUAUAAUAGACUUCCAAGUUUAUUUUGUACACUAUCAUAAUCAACAAAGACUCAUGUCAGUUAACUUCAUUAAAAACAUGCUACCAUAAUAGUUCAACUGAUAAACUUUUAACCCAUUAUUUAGAAGCAUGAAUUUAUUAGAGGGUUUACGCAAACUACUAUGCACUUAAUCCUCUCAUCUGCAAUAUUUAGUUAA